AUGAAAGCAAGUUAUUUUUAUUGUUUGGCGUAUAGUCUUGUCUUUGUAGAUUUACUGGCAGCUGCUAGUACCGAAACUUUUGAUUGGCGUGGUUUCUCUCCAUUUGCCGGGCUGAGAAGUGCUGAUCCACAUAGCCUUUUCAAUUACCUAGCCUGUCACAUUUCUGCUCGGAUUAAAUACAAUCUGAACCCUAUUGGGUAUCAAAAUUACGGAGACAACUGCUCGCAAUUAGCCAGCGGACCAAAAGAAACCGGCACACCACAAACUUCACCAUCAAAGUCCGAAUCAACUUAUAUUUCCACUCCAACUAUCACCACGCCUACUUCGGGUAUAACAACUACUAUUACUACCACCACAACCACAACUUCUACCAUUACCAUUCCCGACCCCGAGACUGGGGCCAAAUCCAAAGCUAUCCCAGUUGCGGCCAAGACUAAAAUGUUUGCUCAUAUAGACAAGCGCCAAAUUAUGCCAUCAUUUUCUGGCAUCGGCACGCUGCGGGGAGACAUUGUUCUUGGCGGUGGGGUUUUGCCAACCCUUAGCGUGGGUGGUAUGUUUAAUGGCGGUGAAAAUGGAAUCGGAGCCGGCGCGUCAGCUACUGUGAAUCUGGGUGGUGCUGUGCUUCCCAAGGUCACUGCCGGUGGUGGUGCGUACGGCAAAAUUAGUCAAAAUGUUUUGGGCGGUGGCGUUUCGGGCACAUUCGUCGAGGGCGGUUGGCUGGGAGGCAUUGUACCACCUGCUAAUGGAGGUGCCAGCUUGGGCGGCCAGUUUGGCGUAAAGUACUCUAGUGGCCUUCAUGUCCUUGCUGGAAACAAUGGUGCUGGCUGGGGCACCGUCACGUAUGGCGGAUUUUUAAUACCAGCAUCGACUGUUGCUGUUAAUGUGGGCGGCAAUAGGGGCGUUCUUAUAGACAAUACCAUGUUUGUGCCUCCGACACCGACGCCAGCUCCCGCACCCUGA